AUGAAUAUAGAAAGUGAUGAUUUUGAAAUUAGUCUUGGGUUACCAGAUAUUGAGAUGGAGUCUACUCCAUUAACCUCUAAUAAUCCUUUCGAAUUGUUAAGUGAUGAUACAAUCUUCUCAAUUACUCAAUUUUUAAGUCCACGAGAUUUACUUUCAUUUGGUGAAACAAAUCGUCGACUAUGGUAUAUUUGUAGACGGGAUGAAGUUUGGACUUCGUUAGUAUUAAAGACAACUGGGAGAGUGACUUAUACCCGUAAAGAUGCCAUUAAUAGUUUAAUUCAAAAACACCAAGAAGAUACUGAAUUGGCUGAACAACAACUUGAAUUUAAACAACAAGAACAUCAUAAUAAAAUAGAACGUAUAUUAUUUAAAAUUCGAGAUGGAGUUAAUUGUUGUGGAAUAGAAAUUACAACAAUUUUAUUAUUUUAUUUCUCAGUUGUUCUUCUUCAACUAAAAAUUGAAGGAACGCUUAACAUAGGAUAUUGGCUUCCUUUACUCUUUUGUUUACCAUUUGUCUUUUAUUUCACUUUUAUCCCAACAUUUAAUUUUUGUGUUGGAAAAUAUGCAGAUGAAGAUGACCCACCAGUGAGAUGUUUCUCUUCUCCAAUACAGACAGCACGUUAUUUAUUCAUAUUUAAUUCACGUGGAAUAGGAAUAUUAAAUGAGCCAUGUAUUUUGAUUAAUUAUAUUAUUCUCUUUGCUGUUUCUUUAGGAGUUCCAUACUAUAUUUUUCCAGUCGUAUUAUUAUUAUGGCUAUUACUUUGGGUAUUUAGUGGGUGUUUUGUUUGUGAUCAUUACCCAAAACCACAAGCAUGGAGAGGAAUUUUAAGUAUUUCAUCAGGUAGUAUUUUAAUUAUAGCAGUCAUAACUAUUGUUAUGAAAAUAGAAGACUCAAUAGAUAUGUCAUAUCAGUUAGUUUUUAUUCCAUUGUACAUCUUCCUUUUUAUUGCUUUUUUGUUUCCAGUAUUUACAUUUAUCUUUUUUUGUAGUUUGUGUCUUUGCAAUAAAUCAUUAGAUGAAAAUGGAUGUUGGAAUAAUGUUUGUUGUUUCAAUGUUGGAACACCUGAUCUUGCUGCAUUAAAAAGUUUGUUUUUUAUGUUAGUGGCAAGUAUUUUAUGCCCAUUUACUAUGACUUUUAUUGGAUUGUUAGCUACCAAUUUAGAUGGAACAGAUGAUGUAUCAUUUUAUAUUUCAUUUCUUCCAUUAGACAUUUUGGGAGUAUUUUUGAUGAUAUUAUAUGUUGUGGGAAAGAGAUAUGAAAUAACUCAUUUGUGA